UCGGUCUGGUCCAAGCUGCCCGUCAACUUUCGGUAUGGCCCGGAGCACGCCCCUCUCGCGCUGCUGCGGCGCAGCUGGGAGGCGGCGGGCUCGCGGCAGCUCUUUGCGGGCGGCAACGGGUCUGGCGCCGCGCUGCACUUUCACAACGCGGCGUACAACGGGUGAAGCACUGGCUCAUCACGCCGCCGCGGUGGGCGGGCAUCUCCGGCACCGCCUCGACCUACUGGCGCGACGUGCACGCGCCGAGAGACAUGCCCGCCGGCUUGCCCGUGCGCUGCUCGCAGGGCCCAGGCGACAUGAUGCUGGUGCCGGCGCACUGGGGGCACGCCACCAUCAACGAGGCCUUCUCGAUCGGAGUGGGUGACCUCUAUUGCGACCGGCGGCUGAGCAUCUACCUGCAGGACGGCCGGUGCGCGUCGCCGGUCAAGACCCUCAGAGGGAUGGCGCCCACGCAGCGGCUGCGCGGCUACUUCGUGAUGAGCGGCGGCGCGCCGGCGAGAGGGAAGGGGCGGGGCGACGCGCGCGGCCGAGGGGCGCUGCCCGGCCGAGGAGGUCCCGGGCGCGCGCUUGGUCGAGCGCGCUCAAAGCGACGCCGGAGCUCCUGAAGGCAAUGGAUGUAUUGCCGUGGGGCUCCUGCCCGUGUCCGGGCGUGGAGAUGUGAGGGUUGCCCCCCCCCCUGCCCCACCACUUUGUGUGUGGGCGGAGAAAUUUGCCUGGAAGCUGGCGCAUCCCUUGCGUUGGAGGAAGACCCUAAGCCUUUUAAUGAGACGCGGAGGGAACG